AUGGCUGAUGGAGCCGGCAGGGCUGGUGCACCUUUAUUCUUGAAAAACUCCAGAGCAAUAUAUGCUAUCAAAGUCGAUUGCCUGGAAAAGAUUUCUGAUCAUGAUCCCUACAGAGACGAGGAAAUAGAUAAUUUAACAGAUUUCAUUGAUAAUGUUAUUAAUCACUAUCUGUGCUUUGGUGACCCGAAAUCAUGUUGUGAGAAGCUUGAAAACUUGCUCAGUCAUGGGUACGUUGUUGAGCCAAAGGGAGCAGAAUCACAUCAAAUACUGAAGUUGCACCCUUUUCAUCAUCUUUCUUUGAAUGCCUAUGCCACAUUGGCUUCAAUGUAUAAAGUCUGCACUAGUGAUUUGUUAGCUCUUGAUUCUGGAAUCGAAGGACAUAAUUUUGAAGCCUUCAAUAUGCACAGAACAAGUGUUGCAUAUUCUUUAUUGCUUGCUGGAGUGGCAGACCAUCUUUUUACAUUUGAAUCUUCUUUCAUAGUUUCUGUUGCAAAUUCCUGGAAGAAUGCAGGGGAAUCAUUGCUAAGUUUUGCUAAAUGCUCGUCUUGGAACUUGUACCUGAAAUCAAGACCAGUUAAUUCAGAAUUAUCAUCCAUUUUAACUCCCAAAUGCCCCCACUGUUCUCUCGUAGAUAGUUUUGAAGCAAGUUUUAACGGUCAAGAUCAAAAUGUGCAGUUCGAGAAAAUAACCAGGCAGUUUUGCAGUUGUAUUGCCACUAUAACAUCAAAAGUCUGGAGAUCACUUAUUUCUGAAGGCAGUUACUUGAAAGCAAUCGAAAAUCCAAUUGAGUUUAGCUGGCUUGCACCGCCUGACUCUUUGAAGAUUGCUGAUUUUGGAGCUCACUUUGCCAAGAUUGAUAUGGGC